AUGGUAGAGGAUUGUUGUUGGACGAUUCUAAUUGAAUGCGAAAAAACAAUGCUCAUCCAAAUGCGUCAAGUCAGCAUUAAAUCACAUAUCACGCGUCAAGUGCUGUCUGCUGUCGGCUGCCUUCCAUUAAGAAGCAUGUUGUAUGGCUCUCUUGACCGAGGAGUUUCCACUUUUGCAACUGAAACCUUCUCCUCCUACCUCCUCACCAUCAUGCCAGUCUAUAAAUCAACAGCACAUUUAAUGGACAGGACACAAAAACAAUUCAAAACAUUAUUUUAUGCUCUCAUUAUGAUCUACAAAUAA